GUUUCCUCUCUUAAACCCUAAUUUUUAUUUCCAUAGCAAAAACCCUAGCCUCUCCUCUGUUUUUAAUCUUCCUCUUUGCCAGCCGUCUCUCUUAACCAAAAUGACGAGCGAACCAGUGAAUCCCAAAGCAUACCCAUUAGCCGAUGCUCAAUUAACCACCACCAUUAUGGAUCUUGUUCAACAAGCUGCCAACUACAAGCAGCUCAAAAAGGGAGCUAAUGAAGCUACAAAGACCUUGAACAGAGGUAUCUCGGAGUUUGUUGUCAUGGCUGCCGAUACUGAGCCCCUUGAGAUUCUGUUGCAUCUUCCUUUGCUCGCUGAAGAUAAGAAUGUGCCAUAUGUAUUUGUUCCUUCAAAGCAAGCACUUGGGCGAGCAUGUGGAGUGACAAGACCUGUAAUCGCAUGCUCUGUCACGACAAAUGAAGGAAGCCAAUUGAAAUCGCAAAUACAACAGCUCAAGGAUGCCAUUGAGAAGCUCCUAAUCUAAAGAUAUUAUGCAAUUCGUAUUCGGUGUGAUGGGCCUCUUGGAAUGUGGUGGUUGCUCCUUUAGAGGCUUUGACUGAUGAAGUGGUGCCACUAUUGAGCAGGGCAUUUAGUGUUUGAACUUGAAAAAAUGUCAUUGUUGUGUCUCAUUAUGUUUUCUUAUGAACUGAGAGAAAGGGUAAUCUUGAAUUUGAUGUUUAGCUCAAUUUAGUAUGAAUCAUGUUAUGAAUUAAUGUUUGCC